UGAAGUCGUGGUUAUAAGUGGGCACGAUUUUGGAGUGAAUAUUUAAAAGUCUCAUUGAAACCCCAGAAAAGGAACUGAGAAUCAGAAUCAAUGGCGGCAGCGGGGAGCAGAGUGACGCUGCCGAUACUACGAGCGAAGAAUACCUACGUGAUAACCGAAAGCCGCCGCCGAUUUGCGUGGAUUUUGAGCCGCCGCGGCUCUUCUUCGAGCUCGUCGGAAUCUGACGUGUGUCUGCUUCAGAAGCUUCUUAAGGUUCCCCUCUCUGGAAUCAAAGCAACUCUUGACUCAGAGCUCGGCGGCGAGUCAACCGAGUUUCCAUGGGCAGCUCUUCUCACUGCUCUCAGCACCUCCGCGCCGCAGAAAGCUAAUUUGGUUAUUGAAUGGAAACUAGAGAAACUGACAAAGGGGAAUAAUCAAAACCAAGAAAGUUAUGCUCAGUUGAUAUUUUUAUGUGAAAAGAUUAGAAAUCUCCCUAUUGCAUUGCUCAUUUUUACAUCUAUGGAGGCUCAAGGAGUUGCACCUACAACAUCAGUAUUCAAUGCCCUUGUCUCCGCGAGCUUAUCUUCUGGUAAUUUGCUUACAGCAUUAAGUUUGUUCGAAAUAAUGAAGAAUUCUGAGGGCUACCAGCCGGAUGCAGAUACUUACAAUCACUUUAUUUCGGCAUAUGCAAAUAUGGGAAACAAGAAUGCAGUUGAAGAUUGGGUAGUAACUAAGGAGAGUUCUGGAUUUCCAGUUGAUGAUGUUCAAACAUAUGGUUUUCUCAUUCGUUGUUGUAUAAAAUCGAAGAAUUUUGAGGAUAGUGAGAGGUAUUAUAAUGAAAUUCUGUUGGCUGGAUUAAUGCCUAAUGAAUCCAUAUUUCAUGAUAUGCUCUUGAUGUUUUGCCAGAAGAAAAGGUUUAAUGAGGUCAAAGAUAUUUUGAAAUUUCUGCGACAUAGCAGAUGGAAGAUUGAUUGUAGUAUCGUCAAAAAGGUUGUGAAUUUGUAUAGUGAAUUUGGGCAAAUAGACAUGUUGGAAGAAUUGCUAGUAAUUUUGUCGGAAUCCAAUCAAAUGUCAGAAGUUCUUUCGGUGGUCCACUGUUCAAUAUUGAGAGUGUACGCAAGAAAAGAUAGAUUAGAUGAUGUUGAGUACUCUGUGGGGAGAAUGCUAAAGCAGGGUAUAUCGUUCACUUCUGCAAAAGAUGUUGAAGAGAUAAUUUGUUCUUAUUUCCGGAUGGAAGCUUAUGAUCGAUUGGACUUGUUUCUGGAACGUAUAAGAGAAUCAUACGAGCUUACUAGGUCCAUAUAUGAUUUAUUGGGCGCUGGCUACCGACGGGUAGGCCUAUUAGAGAAAUAUAACAUGCUGGUGAAUGAGAUGAAAGUUGCUGGUUUUGCAUAGCUUCUUUCACAUGGUUUUCAAUGUGGCGUUCAAUGGGACCAUCCGUGACCAGCUUAUGCGAAAUGAAUCGACUGAUUUAAAGGUAGAAAAGGCAAACCGGAAGACCCCCUAGGCUUCACCUUGAGAACCCACAAAGCCAAAUGCUGGGAAAUCGAAGAAGCCAUGCCCAAUAGCCACACAGCCAUGGCUUCUGUUCUUGACCUAUUGGCUUUCACCAGGGAAACCUAGAGUGCUGCAUAAAUAUACUUUCACCGCUGAAAUAAAAAUCAAUGGUAGCACGUGUUGUGUUAGAUUACGGUAUGUUAAACUUUUGCCCUAUAAAUAUGUGUGUUGUAUGUUUUUAUCUACAUUGUGUUGAGUUAUAAAAUUCAGCACAGUAACAACUAACUCCUCGACUUGUAUAUAUCGUUGGAAUUUCUAUGCGAUGUGAAUUUCUUUCAACAUAAAAGUGUGAUUUGGACUUAUUAUUAACCUUUGGAAAUCAAAUUCUAAUCUACUUAUAUUCUUGAAAAUGCAUUAAGCAUUGCUGAAUAUAUGUUUCCAAGAACUGAUUUUGUAGUUUGUGUCCUUACGUUGAGUUUUCAAUUUUCUACAUAAAUAAUAUAUAUAUAUAUAUAAUAUUUUAAUGAGUAAAAACCAUCACAAAUCCCACUUCCUUUAUGUAAGGAUACGUUAUAAAAAUAGAGUGGAUAUAAAAAGGAACUGGAUUCCUUACCACAAACACAUAAUUAAAGAAAGAAUAUUCCCAUACAUGAAUCAAGAACAAGAAAAAUAAUAGAGAUAAUAUUCCCAUUAAGCAAGUAGAAUAAAGAAUUACAGAAAUAAUAAUGUUUGAUUUCAAUAAACUAACAGAGGUAGGCAU